CCAGGAUAGAGCUACGGCCCGAAACACGGUCCGCGACCUCACCGCCCCGUUCCUGUCGCCGACCGCCGUCCCUGAAUCCUGAUCCUGAUGCCACCGAACCGCAAGAGGCGAGCACCAGCCAUGGAACCCGCGGCAGGAGGCGCCGGCCAGCAGCGCCAGAACAAAGCUUCGGCGGGCAAGAAGGCCAAGAAAAGCGCCUCCGGCGGCGGCGGCGGCGGCGGCGGGAGAUGGCCGGCGGUGAAGCCCAAGAAGGAUCUCCAGAUCAAUCGCCUCAAGGGCACCCACCUCCUCACCGUUCCUGACUUCUUCACUUCUGCGGAGGCGAAGGCUUUCAUCAACAUUGCUGAGUCUAUGGGCUUCACGCACCAGGGCAGUUUGGGGCCGCUAAAGGGGGAGGCUUAUAGAGACAAUGACCGAAUAUCUGUGACAGAUCCCUUGCUCGCUCAAUCCAUCUGGGAAUCAGGGGUAAACAGAAUUUUUACGGACAUCAACGUCUCUGGCAAAGUAGCAACGGGAUUGAAUCCAAAUAUCAGGUUCUACAGGUACACUGAAGGUCAGCGCUUUGGUAGGCAUAUAGAUGAAAGUGUCGACCUUGGGGAUGGUUCUAGAACAUAUUAUACACUGUUAAUAUACCUUUCUGGCAAAGGAAGUGCAAAGGGUUCAUCUGUACAAGCUCUUGUUGGAGGGGAGACUGUCUUUUAUGACCAGCGAGGGGGAGUUGUUGCUGAGGUCGCACCAGUGCAAGGAAUGGCUCUACUCCACCUACACGGCGCUAAAUGUAUGCUGCAUGAGGCCCGCGUUGUGAAAAAGAAUGCCAAGUAUGUACUCCGUUCAGAUGUUGUAUUUUCUUAGCUGAAGAAGUACUUCGAGCUUAGUUUCAGAUCAAUCAGCUCUUUAGGGCACAAUGGAUCUGGGAUCAACGGCCGAUUUUCCCAUUUUGCAAUUUGUUAUACAAGAGCCCUGUAACCGUUGCAAUGUUGGAAGUUAUCGUUUGACAUCA